AUGGAACUCUUGCUCCUCUACUUGUCUCCGUACUGGCUGAGGAGUGGUCACAUGGAUCUAUGGUGGAGGCUCUGUCUGGAGGCUCUGUCUGUGGAGGCUCUGUCUGUGGAGGCUCUGUCUGUGGAGGCUCUGUCUGUGGAGGCUCUGUCUGUGGAGGCUCUGUCUGUGGAGGCUCUGUCUGUGGAGGCUCUGUCUGAGGAGGCUCUGUCUGUGGAGGCUCUGUCUGUGGAGGCUCUGUCUGAGGAGGUUCUGUCUGUGGAGGCUCUGUCUGUGGAGGUUCUGUCUGUGGAGGCUUGA